AUGACAUUGGACUUGGAGCCCAUGGAAGAUUUAGUUAUUGACGUAGUAGGAGAGGGACUCAGGGAUAACGGAGAGGAGCAUCUCGUGUCCUUACCUUUGGAAGAGGCGAGAAGCGCAGAGCAUGAACCCGACACUUUUUUGUCUUCUAGUGGGCAGGACGAGGAUAGGGACGACUACUCACCCACGUCGAAGUGUCCUCCAGCAGCAAGUAAAAGCCCGGCGUCGGUAAAGCCUCCGUACUCAUACAUCGCUUUGAUAACAAUGGCCAUAUUACAAAGCCCCAAAAAGCGACUUACCCUCAGCGAGAUAUGUGACUUUAUCAGCCACCGCUUCGUUUAUUAUCGUGAGAAGUUCCCUGCCUGGCAGAAUUCCAUCAGACACAACCUUUCGCUCAAUGACUGCUUUGUCAAAAUGCCCCGGGAGCCUGGUAAUCCAGGGAAGGGAAACUACUGGACGCUAGACCCCAAUUCUUCGGACAUGUUUGAGAAUGGGAGCUUUCUGCGCCGAAGGAAGAGGUUCAAACGCCAGCAUUUUCGUUUCGGGGUGCUCAAGGAGCAACCCCUUGAGCCCAGUGGCUUUCACAACUUUUAUGGUACUUAUGGACUUGGCACAGCGGGUCUUCAGCUACCCAGUUUGGAGAUAUAUCCAUUCGGCUUCCAUCACCAUGCGCACUCGUCAUGCGCACCCGUCAUCCCACCUGUUAGCAGCCUCCUACCGGCUUUGUCGAGCCUGUUUACCCGGAACUCAUUCGCUGCCAAGGCUUUUCUUCAAUCACAGCAGCCUGUCACUAUCGGGUCCUUCAAUCCGAGCCGCUAUGCCACCUUUUCUUCCGCUUUGACCUCCAGCGCUCCAUAUGCGUCCCCUGCGCUGUUUCACUCCGCGGCGUCUCCACAUCUCGUCAGUUUACAUGAAGAAUAUCAGAAAUUACAAACUCAGCGCAGCACCUCUGACCUGGCUAAUGAGCAGUGCUUGUGA